CUCAGAUCUGCUUUUCUUACCUUCCCACAUUUUCCUCAGGUUAACUGGUCAGACCCUCGACACGCCACGCAGACCCGCCCUGACUGGCGUUAUAAUCAGUACCUACAUCACACUAAAGUUACGUUGCGAUACGUGGGAUCGAAUUCGCCUUCAAAGAGAUAACUUCAACUCGGCAACAAGGAUCGAAGCCGGUCUUUGAUUGACCCACUACUUUGACUAGGAAGGUAGCACCCGACCUUGCUUGCUUGCCUACCUAGGUAGCUACCUAACCUACCUAGGUACAUAAGCCAAGGGUGAAUUGCAGCGCCACCGGUUUAGAUUCCGCGACACAGGACUAGGAUCACAAUCAUCUCACCUAUUUCCUGCGCCGCGUCGCAAUGGAGGCCGCACCGCGGCUGUCGCCGGCUGCGUCUCCCAAUCUGGUGGUUUCCGAUAUUGCGGUCGCACCUUCCCAGCCCCAGGUCGCAAGCUCCAUCGGUUCCAAAGCCCCGGCCGCGACUACAUUCGCUCCGGUAAAUGGACUUCCGGCCGCUUCUCAACCAGUCGCUUCAACCCCAGCUUCCCACCAGUCACAUCCGUCAACCCCAGCCCCGCCGGGAACCAAUGAAAACUUUGCGGCAUCGGCUCCGGUAUCCGCCCCGGCUGCCGUUCAGCCAGUCGCAUGGAUGGGCGUUCUUACUCCGCAGUUCAGCAGCUCUCAACCGGCCCCACGCACCGUUCAGCGCCCACCUCCGCCGGCAUCGCAGCCCACAAGGCCACAGGCGACCCGGUACCUCAUCAUGGAUCCGCCGUCGCGGCUCAAGAUGACUCCUAUUCCCCGCGGGUCCAGCAGCGGCUAUCCAUCGCCCACCUGGGACUACGCCCGGGAGAACGCCAAGUUUAACGACGACACUACGAGGUUGACUUGCGCUGUCCAACAGAGCCUGCCAGAAGCUGUCCGGCGGGUCGUGCGCGACAAUUGGGAGAAGUGCCUCCUGGGUUCCGAGUUCCACCAGGCCUUUAUCUUGAAUGCGGCAAUCCACCACUCUGUUCCUAAUACCACGCGCCGUGCCGUGAGGGACUUUGGAGGCAAAAUGGUCGCCGAUUGCAAGGAGGAGCUCAUGAAGCACUUUACAGCAAAAGACAUUGAUGCUGUUGCCGAGCAAAUACUCCAGGUCGCUUCCAAUGACUUUCUCGAUAAGUGCCUCGAGAAACGCCUGCUCACUAUCGAGGCCAAGCCGCUCAUACAUGCCUUGGCCCGUGCAGAGCGGCUGGGCUAUGAACCCGGCGAUAUCAUUGAAGAGGACCACGAACGCGUGAUACCCAAUGAUGGCCCUGAACCUGUUCUUCAUCGCUACCCUUACCCUCAACAGCCACAGCAGCAGCCCCAGCAGCACCCACACCAGCCGCCGCCACCGCCGCACGCCCCGCAGCAGCCGAGCCCGCAGCAGCAACACAUCCCGCAGCCUGCCGCUUAUACUCCUGGUGGACGGCUUCAGUGUUUGAGAUGCUACCGCGUUUUUUCCCGCCAGUCUACGUUCGACUACCAUACCUCAAAGAGUGUGUGCAGUCGAGCGCCUCCUACCGCGGCAGGUUUCAAAUAUUCCUGCCAUCACUGUGGCCAAGGCUUUGCGACCUCUGCCGGCUUGCAAUAUCACCUUGCGAACAAGGUCUGCGGCGACUUCGAGCAAGAUACGCAACCAUUGCGCGGACCGGGUCGACCGCCACGAGCGCGUCUCUCCUCUGGCCCCGGAGCGUCACCUGUAACGCCUCAAGUUGCGCAAGCUGUACAAGCUACAAGCGCCAAGCAUGUCCAGCAUGCCGCUGCUGCUAUCGCGGCCGCGGCUCGGUCGAGCCCCAGCGCGACUGACCCGUACAGUCAUCUUACCCAAGACCAGUUUGAGUCGAUGCAGGAAGAGCUACGGGAGGCAGAGCUCAAAUACACAAUGAAAUUCAAAGAGGCCGAGACCAUCUCUGAUCCCGAGGAGAGGCGAUCCAAGCUAGAUGGCUUGCGUAACAGUUUCGGUACAAAGCAGAGCAUGGUUCGGAAGAAGUACGGCGUCAGACUCCGUGAAAGACGGACGAAGGCCGAGAUCCAGGCCGAGAAAGACCGCAUGGGCCUUAGCGGCCUCGUCUCUAAGAGCGCUUCCCAGGCCAGCCGUUCGGCUAUUCCGGCGCGCCGCAGCCUGGACACUAGCGAUCAGGCUCCCACGAACUCCUCCAGCGGAUGGACUGCUGCGAACACUGCUGCUGCUUCCGGCCCAACGAAUGGCGAGUCCCACGACAGCAAGCGCCGUCGGAUAGACGAGGGUGGAAACAAUGCCACUGCGUCUUUCCAGAUGCCGCACGCUACAGCAACAGUGGCGGCGUCAGAGAUGGGAGGGCUCGGGUCCUCGGCCGCAACAGCCGCGCAUCACGAUCCAACCCUGCACCAAACCGGGACUCCGAGCUCGUCCAAGCCAGCUACUACCUAUCAACAGGCAGGCGCACGGGUAGAGAUCCACCUGCCCAGGAGUUCAUCCAUGGGCGCGGCUCGCCGGCCCUCUAGUAGCCCCAACGUGGUUCCGCGCGGUCAAAGCAGUGGUAGCGCCGUCGCGAGCCGUGCGUCGAGUGCUGCUGUCGUGGCAGAGGAGGUCAAACUCGGCCCGGCUAACGACGACUCGGACUCGGACUCGGAUGAUGACAUCGCAGACAUUCCGGCCAAGCUCCCCGCACAUGUUCGGCAGAGCCUGACGCCGAAGGCCGGGCUCGGAGUUUAGGAGCGCGUUCUCCGGUGCUAAUGACAGUUGCUUGGGGUCGCCCCUUUGAUUUCCUUUGCGACAUCCGACCUGGACGCUUGAUAGUGGCGGUUCAAGAUGCGCAAUGAUGGCGUUUCGUUUGGGCUUUUCAUCCGACUAGGUUUGCGAAACAUAGGGAUAUAUCCCAUCGCUGGUGUUAUUAGAUGGCAAUCGGGCCCGGAGUCUGGGAGAAAUUGGGAGUAGCCAUCUCCAUAUCGCGGGUAUAAUAUGGCAGGGUUCGUUCGGUUCCUAAGGGCACACUGGGGGUCGUCAGAUGGGGACGCAAGUCAAUGAUACAUGCGUGGUUAGUCGCGAGAAUUAGCACUUUAUAGGGCUAGAAUAUCACAAUUCAGGCACCAAAACUAUCUAGUUCGG